ACUUUGGAGGGUUGAUGGGAAGAAAGUCGAAAGCGGAAACCAAAAAAAACUUUAGGAUUAUUUUGUGCAAUCACUCAUCCUCGUCUGCGUAAAUAUUUUUUCGUCGACUUCAGAGCAAACUGCGUUUAAAACUUUUUGAUUCGUUCGUUCGCGAUUGGAAAGUGUAAAUGUUGCGUUGUUGGUGGAAAAUAUUCGGAUGCGCGGAUUUUCGAGAUAUUUUUCAAUUUUGAGGAAGCAUUGAAUUGGUGCGUGUGUAUUUUUUUUUGCGGAGGAAAGCGAAGAGCCAAGAGCAAGAGAAAGAAAGAAGUUCGGAUUGUGCAAAAUCUUGUUGGUGCUGCAGUUCGAUUUUUCAAGUGACAUUGAAAACCUAAUAAGAAUAAUUAAUUGCAUUCAAGUAUCGACACAAGUGCAGCAAGUGGGAAAAUCCACUUUUCUCAUCAUCAGCUGCAAAUUCAAUCCGGCUUGCUCAUCAUUCAAGUUUUGUGGACUUUUCCGUAAUAGAAUCAGAAUGUGUAUUCUACAAUACCAUUAGUUGUUUCUUAUUGCUAGUGACUGUUACUGUAAAUAUCUGUUUAAAAGGAUAAGUUUAUCAAGGAGAUCAUAGUGAACGUUUCUGCAAAUAGAGACCCAUCGUAUUUCUUCCAUUUUCGUUAAUAUCACCGAAUGUGUUGAAUCGCGAAUAUGAGUACUGCGACGUUUGUAGAAUGACUCAAUGACAUCACUUAGGUCGUGUAAUCCCAACCCAUCAAAAAUAAAUCAAUCAAAUCGGUCGAUUUCCCCAAAGCCUUGGUAUGGAACACAAGGGAAGCUACGGUCAUGUGAGGGCUUUGGUGAACAGCAUCCACGGUUCCUUCCCAGGGGCCGUACUUCUGGACACUGGGUCCUUGAACACCAACGCUUCGUCGUCUGCCACCGAAGUGACAGACCCCACCCAUUCUAAAACCACCCUCACUGGUUUCACUUCACCCAUCGACGAUCCUGCCGGUGAAUCUGGCCACGCUUCGCCUAGCAAAAUGCCUCAUCGGCUGAGGAUUCCUUCGCUGGUGGUCACAGGUUCACAGUCGCCUUUCCACAUCGCCAGCGGGAACCACCCGGGAUUGGGCGAAGGAGACAACUCCCUGCGCCGGUUCAGUUUUGCCCUUAUGAGACGUCAUUCGAAUACGGCAUUGAAUCGUUGCGAUUCAAUGGGCUCUCUGAGUCACCGAACACUGCUUCAGUUUUUGGAUUCGAACGAUUUAGCUGGGCUUAAGUCUUUCCUUGGCACCCGCCAGCUGCAGGUCGACGACCGAGAUGAUAAUGCCACCACAGUGUUAAUGAUUGCCAGUGGCCGUGGCGCCACGAGUUUCGUUAAGGAAUUGAUCGCACGAGGAGCGGAUGUACAGGCACAGGAUUUGGACAAUUGGUCUGCACUGCUGUUUGCAGCCAAAGCUGGCCACGUGGAUAUCGUCGAAAUACUGUUGGAUAAUGGCGCUGACAUUGAACAUCGGGACAUGGGUGGCUGGACCGCUCUCAUGUGGGGUUCUUACAAAGGACACACAGCAGUCGUUUCGCUCUUGGUGCAGAAAGGAGCCGAUGUUCAAGCUCAUGGCAAUUAUCACCUGAAUCCCCUGCUGUGGGCUGCAGGUCGUGGGCAUACGGAAAUUGUUAAAAUAUUGGUUAAUACGGGAGGAGCCAAGCCGAACGUGGGUGAUAAGUAUGGAACUACUCCGUUGGUUUGGGCCUGCCGAAAAGGUAACGCAGAGAUCGUGGACACUCUUUUGAAAGCAGGAGCAAACGUCGAUACAGCUGGUAUGUACUCGUGGACUCCGCUAUUGGUCGCGGUAAGUGGUGGCCAUCAGGAAUGUGUCUCGCUACUGCUCGAACGGAAACCCAAUGUCAACGCACUGGACAAGGAUGGGAUGACUGCACUCUCGAUUGCAUGUAGAGAAGGGCUUACGGAAGUAGCAUCUGCUUUGAUUGCUGCUGGCGCUUAUGUUAAUGUUCAGGAUCGUGCUGGCGAUACACCUCUGAUUAAUGCCGUCAAAGGAGGAUACCGCAGUGUGGUAGAGAUUCUGCUAAAACGUCACGUUGACGUGGAUAUACAGGGAAAAGAUAGGAAGACUGCCUUAUAUACCGCUGUUGAAAAAGGACACACUACAUUAGUAAAACUGAUUUUACAAUCCAACCCUGACUUGGAGCUAUCGACGAAGGAUGGUGACACUCCGCUCUUACGAGCGGUACGCAAUAGGAAUCUUGAAAUGGUGCAAAUGUUGCUAGAGAGGAAAGCUAAGGUCGGUGCAGCCGACAAACGGGGCGAUACAUGCUUACACGUAGCAAUGAGAGCCCGUUCCAAAGCGAUCGUUGAGGCUUUGCUUAGCAAUCCGAAGUACAGUCAAUUACUGUAUCGCUCGAAUAAAGCAGGAGAAACCCCUUAUGGUAUUGAUGCAAUGCAUCAGAAGACAAUCCUAGGGCAAGUUUUCGGAGCACGACGCCUUAAUGCAAAUGAAGACUCGGAAGGAAUGCUAGGCUACGGAUUGUAUUCCUCGGCAUUAGCAGAUGUACUUAGUGAACCAACGUUGACAACCCCAAUUACCGUUGGUUUGUAUGCCAAGUGGGGAAGCGGUAAAAGUUUUCUGUUAGCAAAAUUACGGGAGGAGAUGAAGAGCUUCGCCCAGCAGUGGUCUGAACCACCGAUCCGUGCUCCGAUCUUGUUCUUCUUGGUUUGCCUUCAUGUCGCUGUGGUAAUUGGCACAGUUGUUGGACUUGCCACAUGGAGUUACAUCUUGGGACUUGUUACCGGAAUUUCACUGUUAAUCUUGAUAUACUUUUUCAACUAUUUAUUCAAAUUUUUGGACAGACGGUACGAUCUUGAAUGGCUGUACAGCUUGAACUAUGGAUUAUCAAGAAAGCUCGGACGGCUUCGAUUGAUACUGCAGGUGGCCUUUUGCCAUCCACCUGGUCCGCAGAGCGAUUCUCAACCUAUGCCGGUGCGGUUCCAUUUUGCCGAGGCAAGUGGCGCUGCCCCAAACGGAGAUGCUGCUGUGGCCUUGAUGUUGGCUUCUAUCUUUGAUGCCAUCGAAGCUCACUACGGAUCGCUGGCGACUGGGUUGUAUCGUGCAUUCAGACCAAAGCCAUUGAAAGCAACAGGAGGCUGGAAAUGGCGCCGCAUGUGCUGUAUGCCGGUGGUACUGUUAUUUGAACUAGGGGUAUUGGGUGUUGUUACAACGGCUUCUUUAUCUAUUGUUUAUACGGAGUAUGGUAGUAAUGGAAGGGAUGAAAUCGCUGUCGCCAUCUACAUUCUCAUUGGAUUCCUCCUAGCAGGAACGAUUGCCAAUCUGCACGCGUGGUCGAAACUAAUCGGAGCAUUGUUCAUGUCGCAAGGAAAGCAUCUUAAGCGCGCAUUUAACAACAACGAGGCUGCGCCUCUGACAGCCCUAGGGGCAGAAGUUAGCUUAAUGACGGAUAUGGUUCGCUGUUUGGAUGCAUUUACGAAUCAACAGAGCAGAUUGGUUGGAGUUGUCGACGCUCUGGAUUCUUGUGAUACUGAACGAACCCUAACUAUACUGAAUGCCAUUCAAACGCUUCUGUCAGCUCCUCAACGGCCAUUCGUAUUGCUGUUGGCGGUCGAUCCUCACGUGAUAGCGAAAGCAGCCGAGGCGAACAGUAGACGAUUGUUCACUGAAGGCGGUAUUGGAGGUCACGAUUUCCUAAGGAAUCUAGUUCAUCUUCCAGUUUAUCUGCAAAAUUCUGGGUUGAGAAAAGUUCAGCGAGCGCAAAGUACUGCGAUGGCCACAUAUCGCCGAAUCAUACCGGACAUCAGCAGGGACGAUGAACCACAUCUAGGGCACUCGGCUUCUGCUAGGCGGUUAUCGAAUGCUUCCGAGAUCAUGUCAAGCCAAGAGAAACUCAGGGCUAUGCCUGGAUCGUCCAGAGGAGGAAGCAAAAAACUACGCGUAUCAGACUCUAUUGCCAGUUCUAUCGGGUCGAAUCUGCAUAAACUUGGCCAAAACCCACCGGUGGAUCUUUCCAAAAUUGUUCUGACUGACGAUUAUUUCAGCGACGUGAAUCCGCGCAGCAUGCGAAGAUUGAUGAAUGUUAUCUAUAUCACAGUGCGGCUCCUAAAGGCUUUUCAAAUAGACUUCAGUUGGUACCGGCUUAGUUCUUGGAUCAACCUAACAGAACAGUGGCCUUUACGUGCAAGUAUGAUCGUGCUGGAACAUGACCAAGCUGGAGAAAAUUUUGACGAUUCCAUGUCCCUACAAGCGGUUUAUGAUAAGGUUCGUCCCAAGAUUGCUUGCUUAAGAGAAGCAGCGAAUUUACUAGACCUGGACCGAGACGAACGCAAACUUGAUGCGUUUUUACAGUUGCACAAGUCAGAUCUGCUGGUUUCGGAUUUGCGGAUCUUUUUACCAUUUACCAUCAACCUAGAUCCAUACCUACGAAAAGUGCUAAAGGAAGAUCAGCAAGCAAUGGAAGAUGAAGGUAUCAUAAUCCCAAUCAAAAGCUCGAUGCCUCCUAUGAAGCCGCACAGUUUCGUUCCCACUCGCCAUGCGCAUCAGAACAUUAUUCACCCAACACCACAACAUCCGACGAGUCUUCCAACCUGGGCUGGUUUCUAUAAUGCUCCGCCAGCCAUGGCUAUGAUGAACUUCUACAACCCGAAUUUAGCUAAUCUAAUGCAUCCUGAUGGCGGCGGUAUGAAGAAAACCGGUUCUACGAGCAUUCUCAUCGAUCACACCAGUGAUAAUCAUUCCAAUGGUGCUCCUUUGCUAUCAGGAAACUCCAAGCAGCCUUCGAAAAGUCUUCUUAAUCGUGGAUCUCCACCCAUUGAUUUCGACAUCUCCAAUAUACAGCUCGAUAAGUUAACCGUCGAUGAACUGAUCGAGUUGCUGGGUCGAGUAAGCGAUCUUAAGCCGGCGCUAGAUAAAAUGGCACCAGUAUUACGAGACAACGCAAUUUCGGGGCGGGUACUGUCGUACUGCAGCUUGGAUGAGCUAAAAACCGUACUUAAUCUCAGCUUUGGCCACUGGGAAAUUUUCAAAAUGCUAAUUCAACAGUUACGCGAGAACAAUAGUGCUCUGAAGAAAAGCUCCAAAACCACAACGUUUGCAAAAACCGUCGCCGACAAUUUGGAAAUCAGUGAAAGCCUUCCCACGUCUUCUCAAUCUCCUGCCUCGCAGUCCGUUUUUCAACCCGUGCGGCAGAAAUCUCAAAACCUUUUGGAAAAACAGCCGAACAAGGUUCAUGAUUAUGAGUAUCUACAGGUAACCUUGGAGGAGCAAAUGAUCUGCGGUGCCUUGCAAACCCUGAAUGAAGACGCAUUCGAGGACGUGGUGGGCAGCGAACGGCCCAGUCCGAGUGGUGAGAUGUUUUCCCAGUACCUAGCGCCAAUCCGUGAGAGCUCGGAAAUUGGUUCACCGCCGAGGCUUAACUAUAACUUCACUAACCCCAACUUACUAGACCGCUCGCCUGUCGCCAAUGGCGAAGAUUCAUUUCAGCAACGUUCUCAACUAAGGUCACACAGCUUGCACGAUGAGUCUCUUUCCAGUGUUGUUAUCAUGCCGCAUUACCCAUCGAACGUGGAUGAUACAAAACUAUAGGCUUAUUUUUACUUUAUUUUUUUGUUUGUUAGUACAAUUUUAUUCCGUUAAAUAGACGAUCGACAAAGCGACAAAUAUCUUAUAGUUAUUCGAAAUGGUAUAGAGUUUUUGUUUUCUAGAAAAUGCAACAAUCCUCGUAUUGGCAUGGUGUCGCCUUGAUAUCGAUUUUAAAUACUAUCAUGCCAAAUAGAAAACUAUCCAAUUCGAAACAGUACAAUAAAAAUCGGUCGAUUAGUAGUGUAUUUAAAUUCCACACCAGUAUUCUGCCAGCACAAACAAUUGGAGAAUCUAUUAGACGUUUUCGUACUUUUUUUCUUCUCCUCAACUUUUGGUUCAAUAAAUACAUCCGCCCUCCCUCCCAUCAGAUGUCAUUAUUAAUAGUGAGGAGUUCAAAUUACGACAUCAAAACCCCUUAAACCAGUCGCAUAGUGUAAUAGAGUGUGGUGUGCAUCUAAUAAAACCAGAAGUAUACAUAUUUACGAUGCAAUCGAA